AUGCCACCGACAACAACAACCCCAGCAUGGCUCCUAACAGGACAAUCGGGACCCUCCAGCCUCGAAUUCAACCCAGAAUGCGAACUGCCGCCUCUGGGACCGAAUGACGUCCUUGUGCGGAUCCACGCCGCGUCGCUGAAUUAUCGCGAGUUGGCCAUUGCGAAUGGAAAAUUCAACAUCUCCCUCCCCUCCCUUAUAAUCCCAGGCUCCGACGGCGCAGGAACAAUCCUCUCAACAGGCGCCGCCGUAUCCCGCCUCACUGCCGGCGACAGAGUCGUCGCACACCUCACAGUGGGAAAACCGGACGACGCACCCACUACAUUCCCGGAUAUAAGCUCCGGGCUGGGCCACGGCGCGCACGGGACAAUGAGGAGGUACGCUGUUUUCCAUGAGACGUCGCUCGUGAAGAUGCCUGCCACGCUGGGAUUUCGGGAGGCGGCGACACUAACGUGCUCGGGGCUGACGGCGUGGAAUGCGCUUUUUGGCGCUGCGCUUCCUGGACGGGGGAAGCUUGGGAAGGGCGAUACGGUGCUUGUGCAGGGGAGUGGAGGUGUUAGUGUUGCUGCGCUGCAGUUUGCUCUCGCUGCUGGUGCAACUGUCAUUGCGACGACUAGUUCGUCUGUUAAAGCUGAGAGGCUUUCCUCACUGGGUGCGCACCAUGUCAUAAACUAUGUGUCUACGCCGGACUGGGGUGAAGUUGCGAAAUCUCUAACGACAGAUAGCCAGGGAGUUGAUCUUGUUGUUGACGUUGGUGGUCCGUCGACGGUGGCGCAAUCGAUGAAGGCCGUGCGGCCUGACGGGAUUGUUGCGUUGACGGGGCUGCUAGGUGCUGGGGAAGAGAAUGUGCCCUCGGUUAUGGAUGGGCUGGUUCAUCUCUGUACGACGAGGGGGUUCCUGUUGGGUACUCGGGUGCAGUUUCAGGAGAUGAAUGCGUUUAUCGAUGAGAAGGGGAUUAAGCCAGUGGUUGAUGAGAAAGUAUUUGGGUUCAAAGAGGUUAAAGAGGCGUAUGACUAUUUGGAAAGUCAGAAGCAUUUCUCAAAGGUUGUUAUUGAUGUUGAAUAG